AUGAACGAUCAAACCAUUCAAAUCCAAAUGCUCGCUGAAAAAUUCCACCGCUUCGUUCUUGACUGCGAUCUGAAGCCACCGUCAACCGCUAACUGCUCAGAUAAUAUAUCAAAGCAAGUGAACGAGAACUCUGAUUCCAUGGAUGAAAACAGUUUGUCUAACGGAGUACAUGAAGUUUCUACGGAUCAGGGUCAUACGCUUCCGAUAUUGAAGAAAAUAUUUGAUCUGAGUACCAAAAUUCAGGAUUUGAAGCAGCAGCAUGUAACCUUAAGUGAUCAAGUGAAACUUACAACUGAAUCCUUUCCGGGCCUUGAUGUUUUGAAGUCUGUUGAGCUUCUUGGUGCUGAAUAUGAACUCUUGAAAAGAAAGUACCUUGAAGAGUCCUCUGAGCGUAGGCGGCUUUACAAUGAAGUGGUUGAACUCAAGGGAAACAUCAGAGUUUUCUGCAGAUGCAGACCAUUAAAUGAGAGUGAAAUUGCAAACGGGUCUGUAUCUGUUGUCAAUUUUGAGUCUUCUUCUGAUAAUGAGCUUCAAGUCAUUGGCUCAGAUUCUUCCAAGAAGCAAUUUAAAUUUGAUCACGUAUUUAGGCCCGAAGAUAACCAAGAGGCGGUUUUUUCACAAACUAAGCCUAUUGUUACAUCAGUAUUGGAUGGCUUUAAUGUCUGCAUAUUUGCCUAUGGGCAAACUGGAACUGGUAAAACAUUUACAAUGGAGGGAACACCAGAACACAGGGGAGUUAACUACAGAACCUUGGAGGAAUUGUUUCGGAUAACUGAGGAGAGACAUGGAGUAAUGAAGUAUGAAUUGCGAGUUAGCAUGUUGGAGGUUUACAAUGAGAAGAUAAGAGAUCUCUUGGUUGAAAAUUCUACCCAACCUACUAAGAAAUUGGAGAUAAAGCAAACGGCAGAAGGAACCCAAGAAGUCCCAGGACUUGUUGAAGCUCGUGUUUAUGGAACUGAAGAUGUGUGGGAAAUGCUUAAGACUGGAAACCGAGUAAGAUCUGUUGGAUCCACCUGUGCUAAUGAGCUUAGCAGCCGUUCUCAUUGCUUGUUGCGAGUAACCGUUAUGGGGGAGAAUUUAAUCAAUGGUCUGAAAACUAAGAGUCAUCUUUGGCUUGUAGACUUGGCUGGAAGUGAGCGAGUGGGAAAAACUGAAGCUGAAGGAGAAAGACUGAAGGAAUCUCAAUUCAUAAAUAAGUCUCUUUCAGCACUCGGUGAUGUUAUUUCUGCCCUUGCUUCCAAAUCAGCCCAUGUCCCUUACAGGAACUCGAAACUCACUCAUUUACUGCAGAGCUCUUUGGGAGGAGAUUGCAAAACGUUAAUGUUUGUCCAGGUUAGUCCAAGCGCAGCAGACUUGGGAGAGACACUUUGUUCCCUGAAUUUUGCCACCCGUGUCCGCGGAAUCGAGAGUGGCCCAGCUCGCAAGCAAGUAGAACUCACCGAGCUGUUUAAGUACAAGCAAAUGGCAGAAAAGCUCAAACAUGACGAGAAGGAAACUAAGAAAUUACAGGAUAACUUGCAAACCUUGCAACUCAGACUCGCUGCAAGAGAACACCAUUGUAGAAACCUUCAGGAAAAGGUCCGGGACCUUGAGAACCAGAUAGCAGAAGAAAGAAAAACCAGACUAAAACAAGAAAGCAGAUCAAUUGCUGCUGUUUCAGCUCAACCUUCAUCAUCAAAACACACAGCAGCUCAUAAGAAGCCACCACUGAAUCCAACGAAACUGAGACUCCCACUGAGAAGAAUAACUAAUUUCUUGCCUCCACCAUCUUCUCUAACAUCAAAGAGAUAUACCACUUCCAUGAAUGGAAAGGAAAACUCUGCCAGAAGGACCUCAAUGACAACAAUUACAGAAGGCUUUGCAAAACCAAGAAGCAGGGUAUCCAUAGCCAUGAGACCACCUGCACAAUCAACAACACAGCUCCUUCAGCCAAGGAGGAGGGUCUCCAUUGCUACUCUCCGUCCUGACACAAUUUCUGACCUGACAACUCCACUCCGUACCUCAGCCUCUCGAAUUACCGGUCGGCAAUCACCUCAAUCACUAAUAAGGAGCCAAAGGAAAUCUCGGUAUUCAAGUUUGUUCGCACCAUUGCCAGAGUUGAGAACAUCAAUUGAGACAACACCAAUGUCUGUCAGGAGCAGCAGCAAGUUUAUGGGAAGUCCAGUAGCGGCACAGGCAGAUUCGCGAGUGGGGGGUAGGCAUCCAACAGUUCUUGCACUACAACGGAAACCUUUAGUAUGGAGUCCUCUCAAGCUCAGAGCCUUGAGAACUAAUCGAAAGUCAUCAUCAUUCUUGCCAUCUCGGCCUAACUCCGAAAUGCAAUAA